GAUGUACUUGACUGUUUGAACAGGGAUGCUCAAUGAGCUGCCUCCGGGGUUGGAAGUGGUACCUUUUGAGACGCUUUUCAGACCCUGCUCACAGCGUCCGCGGGGAGGAAACAGAUCUUGCGAAGGAGGUGUAUGCACCAUGCCCCAGACCCAGAAUAAUGACCCACCCGACAUACCAAUAACCAACGAUGAAGAUCCAGACGCUUGUUGCAUUUGCAGCACAAAUAAGAAAAACAUGCAACUGGAGCCGUGCAAUCAUGAAGUAUGCAUGGCAUGCACCCGGAAGAUGAAAUCGGAAGAGACCCCGUCAAAGCCAUUUAUCUGUCCGUUUUGUAGGCAGCCGGUCACCGGUUGGCAUCCCAAACCAUAACAGAGCGACGUUCUGUAUGACGAGUUAUUUAACUUUAAGUUGGCAUAAAGUGGUAUUGCCAGUUGGUGGGCUUGAAUAAAUGUAAAAAUAAAUACCUAAAUAAAUGAAUAAAUAAACUUAUGUUAUGCCGAUUGCUGCGGUCGAAAAGUACGUUCCUCUAACUGCGACAAUUAAAAUUUCCCUUCAUGUUUUAAUUUUUGAAAAAUAAUUUUUUUCCACGCGCUGGGAAAUAUAUUCGCAAAAAAGUUAGUAGUUAUUCGGAUAGUUUUCCUCCUACAAAAUUGAAAUACUAUGGUAAAUUUUAAAUCAUUGCUGUAGAGAUACGA